AUGUCGCGCGUUGUUUUCGCAAACGGCCGUCUAUGGGCGGUCGCCCGCGACGGUUCUUUGCGUCACAAGCUCCUCUCCACGGAGCCUCCCAAAUGGGAGGAACCAGCCGAGCUCCCGAGCCCAGUCCGUUCAAUAGCUGCCUGCGACGACCGCAUUUCCGUCUACGCCGCAUGCAGUGACGGCUCGUUUCACGCUUUCAACGCCCAAACCGGCGAGCUACUUCGCUCCAACCGCUUCCAAGUACACGCCGUUCCUCUCUGCAUUCUCCCGAUCUCAAAUGAGAACGCCCUCUUCUUUGGUCUUCAGGACGGCACCGUGGGGAGAUGCCAUCUUGGCUCACUAGCCUUUGACUGCAUGUUGGGAUGUGGGACCGAGCACAAGGAGGCCGUCAACGCCCUCGCUGCCGAUGAUAAGUAUCUCUAUAGCGCGGGGGAGGAUGCCAUGGUUCUAGUCUGGGAUUUGAAGGUGGGAGGUGCCGUCCGCGAGAUUUCUAUGGCUCGCGAAGCUAUCCGAAGUGUGUUGCGAGUGGACGAUGCUCUUUGGCUUGGCCUUGUUGAUGGCGCCGUCCAAGUUUUUGAUAUUGUAGGCGAUGACAGUAAUGGAAUCGAACUCAUGGUGGACAAGGCUCCUCACAAUGGUCCUGUUUCUGAUUUGGUCCGGGUUGGGACGCAGGAAGUGUGGUCCGUUGCGGGUCAUUCUAGCUACAGUAAUGUCUCGCAAGAGUACAUUCCAAAUGUCGUCAAAUGGGAUACACAAGAUUUGACAUUCACUGCUAUUGAUUCUGUGAAAGAACGCGACUUGAUGUCUAUUGCCGUUGUGGAGCGAUCGAUGUUUGAGGAGAUCACCGUCCUGGCCAUCGACAAUUCGCUUGACUCCAAAGCCGUUCGUACAGCUGUAAAGGGCCGUUUGCCGCCAUUUCUUUCCGUGGAUGUCUCGGAUAAUGGUGACACGCUGGAAUCAGAUUAUGGCAGUCAAACUUGGGAAUCACGUGGCGAUUCAUACAUCGUCGCAUCUUCACGUCUGUAUCAGCAGCACGUGAAUAAUCCGUCGAAAGGCAAGCCAGCCACUGGUGAAAACAUGCCCCCUGACAACGCGGUGGGCGAUGACCUCGGGAAAGAUCAAUUGACUGCCCCGGUGCCUCAAAGCGCAACACCGUUUCCCCUGGAUACUGCUGACGAAGAGAAAUGUCUACACAUCUUACCUACGUCAACAUCGCAAGGGCUACUUUCAACAAUGCGUCGCAUCUCGGAGCUGCUGGCUACCCUUCUAACCAACAACGUCCUUUCUGCGGAGGGCAAUACGAAGGCCGACAACCAUGCGCUUAGAACGAGAGUUGCCACGAUAACGCAAGAGUUGAACACUGGAAUGCAGCUGAUCGAGUCGUCGCCAGUGAUUCAAGACAUCAACAGUCCUUUUAUCGUAGGGGACGAGAACGACCUGAUGCAAAACAAUCAAAAUCAAGGAGUUGCUCCAAGCGAUAGGACCGCUGCUACUUUGCGUCUCAGACUGCAGAAGGAACGAAAGCUGAAGGAGCAACUUGAAAAGAACCUGCGCCUUGUCACCAAAGACAGAGAUAUGGCAUACAGUGAAUUGAACGAGCACAGGGAGAACAAUGAGAACGCCAUGUCUUCCUAUGAGGAGUGUAUUCGCGUUUUGCAGGAUAGCGGGUCUAUGAAAGAUAAAGAAAUUCACGACUUAGGGAAGGAGAACCGGCGACUCGACGAUGCCCUUAAACAGGUUAAAGGAACACUGGAAGAAGUUGCGAUGAAUUGUGAAAACGAAAAGCGAGAAUCCCGUCAUAUAAUCGAGAAAAACAACCUUGAGAUUGAGGGCCAGAAGAAAGUAAUUUCCGACCUUAAAUCGCAGAAUUCAAAACUUCUGGACGCGGGAAAAUUCCUUCUCGAACAGUUUGACGUUUCAGUGGAGCAGCAAAAGAAUGAGCUUUUGACUCUACGACAAGAACAUGAAGCCCACGUACGCGAUCUCUGCUCAAAGCACACCCUUGAAAUGGAAAAGUCGAGAGCUUCACUGACACAGGAGACAUCUGAGCGGGGUGAGAACUACGCAGAAGUCAAACAUUUGCGAAUGGAGCUUGAAUCUGUUUCACGCGAGUUUGACUCCGCUAAGGCAGAGGUAAGAGAUUUAAACAGUGCGCUUGAGAAGAAGGAGGAAGAGUUCAGGAGCGUCUCAGGAAGUAGUCUUCAGCUCCCUGAGGAUAUCGGCAGUUCUUCUUCAAUUUCAGAUCAAGUUCGAGACAAGGCCGAGGCACUCAAAGGGCAGAUAUCUAUCCUGACAGAGGAGCUCCUGCAUCGGAAGUCAGCCGCAGACAUGUAUGAGGAGGAAAAUCGAGCACUGGACACGGGGGUUUCAAAAUACAAAGCCGCCGCUGAAGAAUUGAAGAAAGAGCUUAGUUUCGCAGAAGACGAGAACCGCUCCUUGGAGAAGCAGUUGCGGCACGCCAGGGAAGUCAUUACAAGAGGGGAAUCUCAUGCGUCUCAAUUGCAAGAGCAACUGGAGCGUCUUCGAAGUGCGGCAUCAAAAGAUCCCGUUCGUCACGACAACGCUGUUGCCCUUAAGGCAUUACUCACGUCCGCUAAUGGAGAGAUUGAGCAAAUGAGCAGUCAAAUUGAAGCAAUGCAAGUCGUCCAGGAUCAACAAGAGCGAGAACUUACUGGUCUGCGAGAAGCCAUGACAUCUGCAGAAACGGCCGUAAGAAAACCGGCCAACUCGGGAAGUGGAGCUGCAAACGACUUGGGGACGACGGCAGCAGCUUCGGCAAUGUGCGAGCGAUGUGCAUCUCGAAGCAGCUCCUCGGUGAACAACGCGUUGGUGAAUGAGACUAUACUCGAGGUUCAGGAUGGAAUGGAUGAAAUGCAUGAGAAGUUGCGAGAUAUUUCGAAUACAGCGCGGAAGUACAAGCUCUGCGCCCAGGCACAUGUGGACAUUUUACCUGCACUCUAUGAAUUGGAAGCCGAACUUUUGCGAGUGUCCCGAGAGGAGAGAAGCACAGCAAACAAGCUUAGGACUUCUCGAGGUGUUGUGCAGAGUGUUAUUGCGCAAUACUAUUCGGCCAGGGAGAGACAAGGAGCCUUGUUAGACUGCGAUGAAGCUCUUUAUGUUCCGUCUGCCAAUCGACUCGAGGCGUUGCGGCAAGCGGUGGUUGGGAUGCGUGCCCGUCGGACCGGCUCGAAUCCGUGGCCACUUGCUGCGACAGUAGCAUCAGCCCCUCAACUGAGACGGAACGUCUCUCUUCGCCAUGAGGAUCAAGACCAACUUUCACCAAAUGACGUAGAAACGCCUCGACGAUUGCUUACUUUCAACUAA